UCCAUCUGUUUUGAUGCAGCUCAUAACAGAUCGUCACAUUAUCCUCCCUCCGUCUGGAAACCGCAGCAGCCUCGGGAUUCAACCCAGCACCACACUCCUCUCAGUGCUGCACCUGGGAGGCAGCUGUGCAUAGCGCGUUACCUGACUGGACAUUUGAAACAAACCCUCGGAGCCCUUUCUUCUUCUUCUUAGGUGCUCACUGGAAACACUUAGGGUUUUGAUUCAGCAGGAGCCUCUGCUCUGCUGCUUCAGCUCCUCCAGCUGCUGCGAGGAACUUUACGAGGAGCCAAGGUGCUUUUGCUCCUUUGAUUUCUCACCUGGAUGCUGAGGAGGUCAACAGAAUGGACCUCACCUUCAUUUGUCUCCUCUUCACGGCUCUAAUGUUGAUCCAGCACAGUGAAGCCCUCUCUGUUUCGAGCUCUGUGCUGGAGGAGGGCCCCCCAGUGCAGCUCCCCCAUACGGCUCACCGGCGAGAGAAACGCUGCUCCUGCGAGAACCAGAAAGACAAAGAGUGCAUUUUUUUCUGUCACAUUGGCAUCGUCUGGGUCAACACCCCAAGCCAGCUGGUGCCUUACGGGUUUGGAUCGGUGCGAGUGAGGAGGGAGCUGAGCCGCUGCCGCUGCCGCUGCACAGAUUCAGAGGAUGCUGAGUGCAUGAAGUUCUGCAGCGUCCAGGAGAAACCAAGAGCUGAGAACGCUCCUGUGAAGAGGAAGACGGACAAACAGCUGAGAGGAUACAAAGCUGCAUUCUGGGAAAAGAGGAGCAGACAUGCACUCAGACAGACCUGAGGAAGAGGAGGCCAACCAGUGACACCAGCCCCUCUGGAUGGAAGUCCUUGAUGUAUGAAUGAGAACAAAUGGACCCGGCAUGGACAUGUACAGUGUGUUUUUGUGUAAAUGUAAGGACAGUGAAGCGUUAGGACAGGAGUGCUGAUCACUUACAAGCUCAUCUUUCUAACAUUUAGCUGGCAUCCUGCCCUGCUCAGAUUCUUUAGAGCUGAGGGAGUUGAUUUUUCUGUUACCGGAUGAUUGCAGCUUAUUUAUAGCACAGAAAGAUGGAGGACAUCUCCAUCCAGGCUGGACCAGAAACCGCUCCAGAGCGGCCAGUGUGUGUAAACCUCACAUCUCUGAAAUCUUCCAAAGGUUAGAGUUUUUCCAAAUGAGUUUCAAAUAUGUCUUCCACAGAAGCUACAUAGGGUUGGUACCUCGGUGAAGGAGGUUAUGGGUCAUCUAAAGUAGAUUCAUUUGGUUGGUUUUUUCUACAGAAAUACUUAUAAAACAGUCAAAUACGAUCAUAAAAUCUCACGAGGGUUUCAGGCUGGGUCGAUCUGAGAAAACAAUGAAGCAAAACCCCGAGGCCAGUAGAAGAAAUAACAUCAAUUUCAGGUCAUUUAGCACAAUGAAAUCACGUCAGAACAAAGUCGUCACUUCAUUGGAUCAAACCGAACUAAGUGGUGAAUUUUUAUUAUUUAGAGAAAGACUUGACGAGCACAACAAAUCUGAUCAACCGUGAGUGUGCCGACCUCAGCAAUCCACGCCGCAAAAAAUGAGUUUAUAAGCUUGUUUCCAUGGAUACAGUGGUGAUAAAUUCUAAACUCCUUGCAGUUACUCGUACAACCACAAGACGUCAUCUGUGUUAGCAGUUCCUGUUUUUGCAGCUUUCAGCUUGAACAAUAGCUGUGGAUUAAGAGCUUUCAGACAAAAACACCAUAUUCACAGUGUUAUGACUCUGAGUUACAGCUUCAGUGGUUUAAUCAAAAAAUCAAAUGUUUUAAUCUGUAUAGACUUUAUUUAAUCUACAAAUAUGAUUUUUAAUCUAAAAAUAUAAAGACUCAGAUACAAAAUUACAAUUUUAUUCUUGAAAUAUGUCAGAACUUCAGCAAAACAGUAAAAUGCUUUGAUUCUUCUUGUAAAAAUGCUAACUUAUUCUUAAAUAUGUCACAACUUGGUCUUUUUAUUUAGCAUCACUUUAUAAUAUUCAGACUUUUAUCGUAAAACAAAGCAGCAUAUUUUAACUUUAAUCCUGAGCUCCUGGAUUUGUCUGCGUCUUCCUCGUGGCCUCGUGUUGCUCUCGGAGUUUCUCUCUGAUUACGAAUAAGCUGUUAUGAACAUCAUGAAGUGUAAAAUGUGAAGUGUUUUCAUGUAUUAUUAUCAUUUUAGUUCAGCACACAGAGUGGCCAGUUUGUUCUAACAGGAAGCGAUGUGUCUGACUUUGAAGCUUCGAACUUCGGCUGUAGAGUCUGCUUUCUAAUCAUUUAAAUAUGCGAACAGCUCUGUUUGUAUUUUUUUGUAAUGUGGUUAUAAAGUAUAAAAUGAACAGUUUUUCUUUAAUAUUUUGGAGUUGUGAGAUUUUGGUAUAGAGUGAGGUCACUGCUGUGCUCUAUCAGGUAAUAAAAGUGAAGCUGAGCAGGUGCGAAAACAAUGACAGACUUUUCAGAUUACAAACAUGCUGGCGUGAUGUCAGAUUAACAAAAACCCAUCUGACAUUAAUUAUUAACAUUCUGUACAUUCACCUUUAUUUUAAAGGUGAAUGUACAGAAUGAGAAACAUCAUAUGAUUAUUUCCACGUUUGCAACGAGGCCAACUGUGAAAGCAAAAAAAAAAAUAAAUAAAUGAAAUCUGUGUACGUGGAGGAUGUGGGACAGAUUCAGUCCUCUAAACGGAAGACACCACCGUUUCCAUUCAACUGACUGUCUGUGUUCUUGUGUUGCUCUAUUUUUUCUUAAAAUAGACCAAAGGUCAUCAUACUUGCCCAGGGCUAACAAACUAACGUUGGCAGUUUGAUUCAUUGACUUGCACCGUUGUUCUUCACUGUGGGGAUUCAGGCUGGGCAGGUGUUCUGGUCGACCCACAGAGAUUCAAAUAUGAAUAUAAUCUGCCAACAUCUUUUACUUCACUCCUGUUUUUGUGGUUGGUCAUGGCAGCUGGACCCCACAUGAAAUCACCACAGCCUGUUUGGGUGAGGGAAUGAUGGAGCCUGGUUCUCCCAGAGGUCAAUUCCUGUUUAAGGAAGUUUCUUCUCUCCACUCUCAGAAAGUGCUGCUCACUGUUGGCUCUCUCUGAGGCUGUAAUGCCUGUGAUUUUAAAAUACAAAAACAGUAGAUACUUCAUGGUACCUACACCUAUCAAGUAUUUGAAAAUUCAUGGCAGUAGAUACUCAGUACAUAGAAACAUGCAUAUUGUAACAUAUUGUAGUGAUAUUGCACAGUGGUGUACUCACUCGAGUUGUAAACCUAGAGUUUUCGAUACGGAUGCCUGAAUGUGAAUAAUAAUAUAUAUCUUUAUACUUUU